GCUCUUAACUCUAUUUAAAAGAACCAACCGACUGGGUAUAACUCAUUGUCUUUGCAUCGUCACACCUGAUCAACUGCUGAAAUUGACUGACUCGAAGAACUGACCACCAAGAUGAUGAUGAAGACUGUAAUCUUUCUGGGCUGCCUCCUGGGUCUGUCAUUGGCUCUUCCUGCUGAUGUGGAUCACUUGAGAGUUGCACGUUCCAGCUCUGACUCCAACUCUAACUCAAACUCCAGGGAGGCUGGUUCCUUUCUGCCCUCCCUGCCACAGUUGAAUUCAAAUCAGCUACUUCAACUUCUACUUAAACUGUUUGCUGCCUCUGUCCCAGCACCAGCCCCUGCCCCUGCCCCAGCCCCUGCCCCUGCCCCUGCCCCUGCCCCUGCCCCUGCCCCUGCCCCUGCCCCAGCCCCUGUCCCUGCCCCAGCACCUGCCCCUGCACCAGCCCCUGCACCAGCCCCUGCCCCUGCCCCAGGUGGACGUUAAACAGGUGAAAAGUACUACUUAAACAGUUUUUGGGGGUAUCUGUACUUUACUUCACUAUAUAUAUAUUUCUGACAACUUUUACUUUUGCUUCACAAAAUUCCUUAAGAAAAUAAUGUACAUUUUACCCCAUACAUUGUCCUUGACAUCCAAAAUUACCUUUUGAAUGCUUAGCAGGACAGGAAAAUGGACAAAUUAAUACGCUUAUCAAGAGAACAUCCCUGCUCAUCCCUACUGUCUCUGAUCUGGUGGACUCACAAAACACAAAUGCUUAGUUUAUAAAGAUGUCUGAGUGUUGGAGUGUACCCCUGGCUAUCCGUAAAUAAAGUAAACAAGAAAAUGGUGGCGUCUGGUUUGUUUAAUAUAAGGUUUUUGUAAUGAUUUAUACUUUUACUGUUGAGUAUAUUUGAGCAAUUACAUAUACUUUUGAUACUUAAGUAUAUUUAAAACCAAAUACUUUUAGACUUUUACUCAAGUUGUAUUUAAGUGGGUAACUUUAUUUUCUAUUAAGGUAUCUUUACUUUUACUCAAGUAUGACAAUUGGGCACUUUUCCCAACACUGGAUUCCCCAAACAUCAUAAGUACAAUGUAUAUCCUUUAAAUUCAUUAAUUCACUUUUCUGUCUAUCAGGUAUUUCAUGGAACUCCCAGAUAUUGACUAUGAAGUGUGAUUCCUUUAUGCAUUUCUGUUUAAUAAACACAUUUAUAUUUCAA